GGUCCAGCAGCAUAACGCCAUGGGGGGCGGAUUCUCAUUGGGUGAAAGCUGCUUAAUCCGAGAGCUGAACAUUUUAUAACAUCUUCAACCUAAGCGUUUAUUCGUGGAUUUACGGAGGGAGAAACAAUGCUCGCGAACGUGAAAUGCACUGACCGAUCUGUCUGAAAUGGAGAAGUCGUCUAAAUCCUCAGUAGCGUUUUAACAAUUAAGCUUUCCAAGAUCUGUAUGACUUCACCACUCUAAGAAACUCUGUAAAGGAAUUAUUGUCCAAACACUGCCGUCGUAACACUGUACAACUACACAUAGAAUAGAAACAGUGUUUCCUGUGGAAAAGUUUAGUUUUCUUAUUCUUCACAAAGUCUGUCACAGCGCCCCCUUUUUGGGGCCAUGCCCCACCUGUUAAACAAUGACACUUCCUUCAGCUCCAAGCAAGAGCUUUUGGUCCUACAUGACAGUCCACUGGGACCCGGUCCAGACAAUCCCAGCCCCGUGGAGUCCCGGGACUCUGUGCCUGGUAGCCCAUCUGGAGAUGCACUCACUGUGUUCCACAAUACAGGCAAACUGGGGCUUGAGCUCACAGAGCCACCCAUUGGGCUGAAGUUUGUCCCAACGGACUCCGAGAAUCUGUGUGGAUGGGGAGCACUGAGCCCACAGUGUAUCCAGACCUUCAACACCCCACGCUGGUUUCUCUUCUUCCUCUGUGUGGCCUCCUUCCUCCAGGGCAUGAUCAUCAACGGCUUCAUCAACACCGUCAUCACCUCCAUCGAGAGACGUUUUGAUCUGCGCAGCUACCAGGCGGGACUCAUCGCGAGCUCCUACGACAUUGCUGCUUGUGUGUGCCUGACAUUCGUGAGCUACUUUGGUGGUACGGGUCAUAAGCCUCGUUGGCUGGGCUGGGGUGUGCUCAUCAUGGCACUGGGGUCUCUGGUCUUUGCCCUGCCCCAUUUCACCACACCACCCUAUGAGGUGAGAGUACCGCAGCGCAUGGGAUUGUGCUCGGCCAAUCACACAGAGGCAUGUGUAGGCGAGGAAGGUGGGCUGUCAGCGUACCGCUACGUCUUUAUGCUGGGCCAGUUUCUUCAUGGGGUCGGGGCAACCCCUUUGUACACCCUCGGGGUCACCUACCUCGAUGAGAAUGUCAAGUCAAACUACGCACCUGUAUACAUAGGGAUCUUCUACACAGCCGCCAUUGUAGGACCUGCGGCCGGAUACUUGCUGGGUGGAUUCUUUCUCAACAUUUACACAGAGAUUGACCAAACGACAGAGCUGACUCCUGAAAACCCACUGUGGGUGGGAGCUUGGUGGAUUGGUUUCCUGGCAGGAGGAGCAGCGGCUCUGGUUAUCGCUCUGCCUAUACUGGGUUACCCACGGCAGCUACCAGGCUCUCAGCGAUAUGUGGCCAUGCGUGUCUCAGAGGCCCACCAGCUGAAGGAUGGCAGUCAAGUCACUGCAUCUGAUCCUCAGUUUGGAAAAACAGUAAAGGACAUGCCCAGGUCAAUGCUGUUUCUUUUGAAAAACCCUACCUUCAUCUUUUUGUGUCUUGCUGGUGCCACAGAGGCCACACUCAUAGCUGGGAUGUCCACGUUUGGCCCCAAAUUUCUGGAGUCUCAGUUUAGUCUGAGUGCUUCAGAGGCAGCAACCUGGUUUGGGUAUAUGGUGGUACCAGCUGGUGGAGGUGGCACCUUCCUGGGCGGCUUCAUUGUAAAGAAGCUGAACCUUCGUUGCCGUGGGAUCAUCCGUUUCUGCAUGCUGUGUGCACUGGUCAGCCUAACGGCUAUCUUCAUAUUUUUGGUACACUGUCCUAAUGUGCCCAUGGCAGGAGUAACUACCCCAUACUACAGCAACUUCACACACAACAACUACAGCGCCCCCUACCUGCAGACAGAAAUCCACAAAAGCAGCUUCUCGGAUCUGGGCAAUCUGACCGUAAGCUGUAACAUUGGAUGUCACUGUGUUAAGGAGUUGUUUAACCCUGUGUGUGGUGCGAAUGGAGUGAUGUAUUUCUCUCCCUGCCAUGCCGGCUGCAGCUCCCUCAACCACACGAACAGCCCCAGAGGCAGACAGGUGUUCUCUGGGUGCAGCUGUGUGGUAGGGAAUAUAUCAUGGGGAGAACAAGGUUUUGCUGAAGAAGGGAGGUGUGUGUCGUCCUGCAAUCACAUGCCAGCCUUCCUCACGUUCCUCUUCGUCGUCAUCUUCUUCACUUUCCUCUGCAGCAUCCCUGCACUUACUGCCACACUCAGGUGUGUUCCUGACAGUCAGAGAUCGUUUGGGCUUGGGAUCCAGUGGAUCGUAGUAAGGACUCUCGGUGGGAUCCCAGGCCCCAUAGCGUUCGGCUCCGUGAUUGACAUCUCCUGUCUGCUGUGGGAAGAGCAGUGUGGGGAAUACGGCUCCUGUUAUCUGUACCACAACUCAGCCAUGAGCCAGUACUCGCUCAUUGCAGGCAUCAUCUACAAGGUUUUAGGCACUUUUUUCUUCUUGAUGGCCAGCAUGCUCUACCAGCCGCCCCCCGAGUCUCCCCAGAGCAGCUGUGAGAGCACAGAUGUGGGAGGCCAUGACAGUGGGGGGAAGAACAGAGACCUGCCAAUCAAAGACAUCCCCCCUGAGAUCAUCUCAAACCCGCAUGCCAAAUUAUGACCUCAGUCGAGUCUACAAAAAACACCUCACCUCAAAUUGUGCGUGUAUGCUUCUGUGUGUGU